AUGACCUCCCUCCCCACCUUCGACAACCUCACCCUCGACCCCACCGGGCCCCCGGGCAACACCUGGGGUCUCUUCGGCCCAUCCAACGACCUCGGCAUGCUGAACCUUCUCACUCCGGAGACCGUCCGACAAGCCGCAGCUGAAGAAAUCCGCGACGGCGUGCGCAUUUCCCUGGAUCUGCCGCUCGACCGCAUCCGACACUCCAGCUACGGCCGGAAACCGUUCGCCAAGGAACUGAUUAACAAGGCGCCACGGUUCGUCAACGAUGAUGCGUUGACGUUCAAUACUCAGACGAGUACUCAGUGGGAUGGGUUUCGGCAUUAUGCAUGGGUCAAAAAAGGCGGCAUCACCGGCCGAGGCAUCCUCCUCGACUACGCCCACUGGGCCACCACCCACAACAUCCCCCUAACACCCUUCACCUCGACCGCCAUCCCCCUCACGCACCUCCAAUCUCUAAUAACCGAAUACUCCAUCCACCCACGCCGCGGCGACAUCCUCUUCAUCCGAACGGGCUUCACCGCCGCCUUCAACGCCCUAACCCCCGCAGAGGAAGAAUCUCUCGCCAACCGCCCCGCGCCUUCCUUCGCGGGCAUCCAGAACGGAGAGGAAACGCUGCGCUGGCUCUGGGAGAAUCAGUUCGCGGCCAUAGCGUCGGAUACGCCGAGUUUUGAAACUUCGCCGAUUAAUCAUCCUGAGGGGUUGACGUUGCAUGAGUGGUGUCUUGCUGGGUGGGGGUUGCCCAUUGGGGAGUAUUUUGAUUUGGAGGAGUUGGCGGAGUAUUGUAGGGCGAAGGGGAGGUGGGGUUUUUUUUUGUGUAGUGUGCCUUUGAAUGUUCCUGGAGGUGUGGCGAGUCCGCCUAAUGCGGUGGCUAUUCUUUGAGGUUGGGCAUGGGAGGGGACUGGAGUGGUAGGUAUGGGGUGAGGGUAGGUUAUGUGUUUAGUGUAUGGUUGGAGACUUGGAGGUUGUUUGAUGAAUCGUUACUUUCGAAUCCUUUUCGCCAUCAAAGAAUCAACUACUCUUUACUGCACCCAUUUUGUUACGCAUCCCAACCUGCUUCCAACAAUCGUACCAUCACGGACAUGCCCUAGUCACUCCCUCUCCCGCUCCCGGAUAAGAAUCCGAACCUUCGGAUUCGGCAUGAUCCGAUCCCCUUCCCACAUAUUCUCCGGUCUACCCUGAUUCUCCUCGAACUUCAUAUCAUAGUCCCAAAGCAGACGGCCCAUGACCAGCUUGGCGGUAUUCGCCGCGAAGAACCGCCCGGGGCACGCUUCACUACCAGAUCCGAAAUGAAGACCCGCCAGGUCAAUCGACACCAACCGUUUAGUAGGAUCACUACACCA